AUGUUUUGUGCAGCCCAAACCUCAUAGCGGACGAUGUGCCUCCCGGGCAGCAGGGGGCGCUGCGCACCGUCACACUGGUUGCGAAAAGAAAACAAACAGAAGAGGAGCACGACCGAUUGUUUUGAAAGUUGAAGUUGGCGCACGGCUCGGCGGUGUAACGUGGACUUGUCAGAGAAAGAAGAUGCCUGCAGCAGAGGAAUCCUAUGGUGUCAACAAAGUCGUGGACCACAUCUGCCAGCUUCCUCCACAUCUGUUGACAGAAGCAUGUCAGCACAUUCUGACUUAUCUUCAAGGGCAAACCGGGGGAGUGGAUUCAGCCGAAAUCUCUGAUAGAUUUCGGAGAGCUGGAGUCCAACUUGAACAUGAAGAUCUGCAGAACAUGGUCAGAUUUCUCCUCUUAACGUUCAGGUCCGCGGGGAAGAGCGGCCUCUCUGGAGAUGACCUCGUGUCCAGGCUGGAAGAAGCAGGCAACAAGUGGCCAAAGGCUUCCCUGCAGGUGGUGCACACGCUGUGGAGUGAACGUGGCGCACUGGUCCACGCCCAGCAGGAGGUCCAGGCGUUGCUCAGCAUUGGCCAGCUGGUGGACAUGCAGUGGAAGCUCGGCGUGGCCGUGAGCUCCGACACCUGCCGGUCGCUCAACUCGCCGUACGUGUCUCUGCUGCUGAAGAUCGUCCAGCCCCCUGGACAGAUUUGUCACAGAUCUUUUGAGAUGACCGUUCCACAGUUCCAGAACUUUCACAAGCAGCUCAAGGAGAUGGCUGCUGUAAUGGAGACCGUGUGAUGGGGAAAAUCCCCCCCAGUGUACACGUGACCAUCAGAAGAACAGCGUGCGUCUGUUAGUUGUCCCUGAAUGUGGAAACAAAUGACGGCACGCGUCCAUUAUCUGCCUAACACAUCUGUUUUCCCACAGAUUGUAUCAUCAUGUCUAAAUAAUUUACUUUUUAGGACAUCUGUUCCAAUAGUUAAAUGAUUUUCUCUUCUUGACUUUUAAUGCUAACAUUAAGUAUUAACUUAUCCAGGUAGCAUGCAAACAAUGAACCCCUCCUAAAGUUACUACAAGGAACUCUCAUUUUGUGUGGCGUGAGAACAAAAGCAGACAGCCGGAGCAACAGAACUCUAUUCUGGGAUUAUUUAACGACGCUGACGUUCUCAAGCACAUUUAAAACUCCCGUCCAUCAAACACCGGUCUGCAGGAAGGAGCAGCGUUUCCUCGCUGGACCACGGAGGCGGUCUGGAGGCCGGUGUGCACUUGACAAAGUGGUGUUUUGAUUUGUUCCUCUAGCGGUACAACAGCAUGCCAGUAUAUUGCAGCACAAUCAGCACACACCAUUUCCUCUAAAGUAGUUUGAACCAAACCUGUCACAACUUGCCGCAGGGAACGUGAGAGUUUCUUUCUAUGGCGAUGGAUUUGGGAUUAUCCCACUUUAUUGCAUCCUUUAUACGAGAUGAUGUUUAGAAAUCCAGAUUCAGCGUGCAGUGAAACGCUCCAUCGACUGCCAACCUUUUCUGAAUAAUUUAGUUAAUGUUUAAUAUAUGAAAGCUUUCCUUAACAGUUUGUGUUUCUCCUCCUUGCUGUGCUGAAGUUGCCACUGUGUGGUUCUGGGGAGGCCGAGGCCUUUUUAUCACUGGGCUCCGUCCUCACUUUGUGCCGUACGACUAUGACGCAAUAAACUAUGACUAAUUGUAA